CCAUCAUAGCGUGUUAAAAAAAAAAAAAAAAAAAAAAUGAAACUUUCAUCUUUGAUCGUAUAAAACCAAAAACCCUAAUUUUGAAAACUCAAUGAUGAAAUGAGAGGAGGAGCAUGGCUAGUAGGGAACACGAAACGAGCGCGCAACCGUGGGGCACGUUAGAGGAGCUCUUGCUGGUGUGCGCCGUGAACCGUCACGGCACGAAGCGCUGGGACUCCGUCGCCAAGGAGGUUAAGUCCCGGAGCUCCACGACGACAACGGCGGUGUUCACUGCUCAGAACUGUAGGGACAAGUUCGACGACCUCAAACGCCGCUUCGUCGUCUCGCAGCAAAACGACGCCGAAUCGCGAAGCGGCGACGACGACGGGCUGGCGUUUAUGGUUGACGAGCUCCGCAGGCUCCGAGUCGAGGAGCUCCGCCGCGAGGUCCGCCGUCGCGACGUUUCGAUCGUGUCGUUGGAGUUGAAGGUGAAGAAGAUGGAGGAGGAGGACCGAGACCGGAGCUUGAAGGCGGCGGAGGCGGGGCAUCCGGCUCCGGUAAAGGAUCUCCAUCGCGACGGCGGCGGAGGAGGAGAGCAAUCGGAGUUGCCGGAGAAACUCGCCGGAAAACCAAACUCCGGCGGAGACUUCGUGUCCGAUUCCUCCGAGCGCGAGAACCGAUCCUUCAACGAGUCCAAUUCCACAAGCCAGAGAAGCGAGGCGAAAGCAAACGGCGUCGUGGAGAAAAAAACGGAUGCGGACGCGGAGCCCGGCCCGGAGAGGAACCAACCAGAUCCGGUCCAGACCGAGACCCGAUCCGAACCGGCCUCCGCCAACGGUAAAGUGAUCGACGACGACGACGUGGACGAUAAAAACGAUCGCGAAGGCGGAGGAGGUGCAGAGCCGACGACGACGGGUCGACCCGGCGAGUCGAACGAGCUGUCGGGGUCGAAACGGGCGGUGGUAAAGGAAGUGAGGAAGCAGAACAGCGAUGUUCAAAGCUCGGCUAGCUUGACGAGGAGGAGGAAACGACGUCGUAAAGGUGGCGAUAGUAGCAGCGGCGAAGAGCCCGAGGGUGGUGAGGAAGUUUCUCCCGCCACCACGAAACGGGUUAAGCUCGUUAAACUUGAGCCGUUGGUCAAGGUCCUCAGGAUCGUCCGCUCGCAUCGGCUCGGCUCCGUAUUCCAGCGCCGGCUUCGGAGCCAGGAGUCACAAAGGUACAAGAACCUGAUUAGGGAACACGUGGACCUCAAGGUGGUCCAAUCCAGGCUCGAGAAAGGGGCCUACAACGACUGCACCCACAAGUUCUUCCGCGACCUCCUCCUCGUAUUCAGCAACGCCGUCGUUUUCUUCCGCAGGACCGCGCCGGAACACGUGGCGGCUCUAGAGCUACGCUCGCUGGUGUUGAAGGAAAUGAACGACCAGCUACCGAGACCUAGACCCGCCGUGAGCACAGUGAAGCCCAAGCCCAAUGUAGAGUCCGAUAUCACUACUACUACUACUUCCAUGAGACCCAGCAAGUCGUCUUCGAUCGUUGUGUGCGGUAAACGUGGUUCCAUCAAUGCAUUAUCGGAAAACAAGAAAGGAAUUGUUAGAAAGGUAGAGGUUGAAGAGAAAGAAGCGAAGGUGAAGGUGAAUGGGAAGAAGGUUGAAGACAGUGCACCGGUUAAGGUGGAGGACAAGGGUGUAAGGAAGAGAAGGUCGGCUCAGGAAAGAAGGGGAGAGAGAAGGUCGAGGACGACAACAACGAGUAACAGCAAGAAUGUAGAAGCGAAGACAAAGCAUGAGUCCGGCGGAAAUGAGGUGAGUAUGCGUGAUGGUUUGGAGGCGGUGAAGACGGAGAAGAAAGAAGACGUGAAGAAGAAGCAAGGCGCGGCGAGCUUUUUGAAGAGAAUGAAGCAGAAUGGUAGGAGAGGAGUUGGACAGGGUAAGAACUCUUCGGAUGUUUCAGAGGAUGAGAGUAAGGAUAGUAUGGUGGAUGAAGAGGAGGAGGAGGAGGAGGAGGAGGUGGAGGAGGAGGAGGAAGAAAAGAAGAAGAGGACAGGGAGGAAGAAAACGGAGGUGGAGAGGAAAGUGAGGUUGACUCGCAGCUCUAGUGGAAGGCGAGGGGGAAGAGGCCAGGAAAGCGGUGGGCGGGGGAAGAGAGGGGUAGGGAGGCCGCCUAAGAAAACAGAGACGGCGGCGGCUGGAAGCGGAAAACGGGGGAGAGACAAUGGCGAGGCGGAUCAGGUGGGGAGUGCAGGGAGGCCGAGGAAACGAACAAGGAGGUGAUGUGCAUGAGUGUUGUAUCAUGUAAAUUAAGCUUAGAGCGUGCUUUGGUUGGUUUUUGGUUCUUGUUUUCAUGUUGCUAGCUAAUGCUAUAGGAUGCUUAGGUUCAGUUGGUUUUAGUUUCUUUGGCCCAAAGAGGGGAAAGAGAAUCGGGGUAUUACAAGGGGGGGAUAGAGAAACUCAGAAAUGCAGAGAUGUAUCGGUGAACUUGUAGAAUGCUU